AUGAGUGCCGACCUGAAGGCCUUGUUAGAGGCUCAGACCGACAUCCACGGACGAAUGUCUCGCUCCGUGGAUAACCUCCGGAAGAUGGGCGUCACCAACAUCACCGCCGGUGCCAUCCAGGCUCGCCUCACCAUCCUCGACAACCUCUGGGCGAAAUUCGAGGCUCAACACGAGCUGAUACGAGCGGCGCUUAAAGACAUACAUGGAGAGCUAAGGGCCGAGUCAGUUGUCGCACCAAGGAUAGAGGCGAAGUCGGAGUCUUCUCCCAAAACCGCGUUGCCGCGUAUAAAAUUGCCGCCGUUCUCGGGCGCCUACGAAGACUGGCCUUCCUUCUGGGACCUCUUUUUAUCCCUCGUAGGAGAAAAUCCGUCGGUCUCGAACAUUGAGCGGUUCCAUUACCUUCGCUCCUGUGUGAAGGGAUCUGCGGAGAAAUUGAUUCGGUCAUUAACGGUUACAAGCGAGAACUACGACCGCGCGUGGGCGAUCUUAACAAAACAUUUUGAGAAUAAAAAGAAGCUCAUGCGCUCAAACUUUGCUACCUUUACCGCCGUCGGGAAAAUGAAGUCCGAGUCCGCCGAAGAGCUAAGCCGUGUCCAUCACGCCGUCACGGCCACCGUCAACGCGCAGGAGAGCAUCGGUAGACCCAUCAAUUCCCAUGGGAUGGAUCUCCUCAAUCAAUUGGUAAUCGAACUGUUCGAUCCGCGAACGCGCCUCGAGUGGGAGUCUUCCACCAGCGAUUCUCCCAAUCCACCGAAUCACGAGGCACUCACUGACUUCAUAAGCAAAAGGAUUCUUAUCUUGAACGCCGCCAAACCCAAGAUCGCCGUGAAGAGUGCGGGGGAAGCCUCUCGGACCGCGAAGUCUCACUUCGCGAAAAAUGUGCCCGACGCGUCCAAAUGCGCCGCCUGCAAGGGCAAGCACACGCUCAUGCAGUGCCCCGAGUUUAAGUCCAAGUCCGCGAGCGAAAGGAAGUCCUUCGUUGAGGUCAGCGGAUUUUGCUUCAAUUGUCUCGGGAACCACAUGAUGGCACGCUGUCAGUCCAUUAAAACGUGCUUCACGUGCAAGUCGCGGCACCACACGCUGUUGCACGAUGCGUACACGGCACCAACACCACACGAAGCGAGCACUUUCUCCACGACACGCAAUUCAAUCGACAAACGGGCGACUCUUCUCGCCACAGCGCGCGUCACACUCGCCGACUGGCUGGGACGGCCUCAGGAUGUGCGAGCCCUGCUCGACCAGGGAUCCGAAGUGUCUCUCGUCUCGGAGGACUUGGCGCAGCGCCUCCGUCUGACGCGCACCCGCUCCUCGAUGUCCAUAAUUGGAAUCGGAGGAGCAUGCUCAGGAUCCACACGAGGAAGGGUUACGCUCGCUCUCAAGUCAACAGUGACUGGAGCCCCCCUCACCGUAGCUGCCUACGUCUUUCCACGACUGUCUUCUUACCAGGGGCCAGCGAUCAAGGGCUCCACCACGUGGCCACACAUACACAGCCUCACUCUGGCGGAUCCGCACUAUCUCCAGCGAGACCCCAUCCACCUUCUCCUCGGCGCUGAUGCCUUCUCCGGGAUCCUCCUCGAAGGUCUCCGUAAGAGUCGCAAGGAUCAACCCAUCGCGCAGAGGACCACGUUUGGGUGGAUAUUAUCAGGAGGCUGCGGAGUCGUGACGGCCAACGGCUCCCUCAGCUCCCUCCAGUGCACCGUAGACCACGACCUGAACGCUCUAGUGCAGAGGUUCUGGGAGCAAGAACAGGAGCAGCCCGCAUCCGUCGUGCUCACGCCAGCCGAAGAGCGAUGCGAGAUCUUCGCUCGCACUCAUGAGCGCCUCGCCGACGGAAGGUACAUGGUCCGUCUUCCGCUGGCUGACCCUCUUCCACCUCUCGAGCACACGCGGAAGUCCGCCGAGCGAUUUCUUACGGCAAUGGAGCGACGCCGUUCCAGAGACGCCGGCUUCAACCAGCUCUAUGACAGCUUCAUGGAGGAGUACUCAGACCUGCAACAUAUGACCCUGGUCAAAACACCGCUCAUCAAAAGAUCCGUGUGUUACUUACCGCAUCACGGAGUGCUCCGGACUUCCAGCACGAUCACCAAGUUGAGAGUGAUCUUCAACGGAUCUCAAUGUACGCCUGCCGGAGACUCGCUCAACAACGCAUUCCUGGUCGGAGCCAAUCUUCUGCCAACUCUCGCCGACGUCCUUCUGCGUUGGCGCUGGCACCGCUUCGCCUUCAUCGCCGACAUCGAGAAGAUGUACCGGCAGAUCCUGGUACAUCCCGACGAUCGAGACCUGCAGCGGAUCUUAUGGAGGCGACUAUGCACCGAUGACAUCCAGGAGUAUCGCCUCAACAUGGUGACAUACGGACUGGCCUGUGCACCGUUCCUGGCGAUCAGGACUCUCCGCCAAUUAGCCGACGAUGAGGAGCCGGCAAACCCGGCGGGAGCAGUGGCGUUAAGGCGCGAUUGUUAUGUCGACGACAUCGUCACAGGCGCCAGCACCCUGUCCGAGGCAGUCGAGAAGCAGAGGCAGUUACGCCGACUCUGCACGGCGGGCGGGUUUCCCUUGAGGAAGUGGGCCUCAAGUCACCAGAGGAUCCUCGAGGAGAUACCACGGGAGCAUCAACUCCAGCAGCCACACCACGACUGGGAGGACGAAGCGCAUCCGACGCUUGGGUUACGGUGGCACCCCCGCAGCGACUUCUUCACUUUCCGCCUCCAGCCUCGCACGAUCGCCGCGCUAACUAAACGACAGGCGUUGUCGGAGACGGCUCGAAUAUUCGAUCCUUUAGGCUGGUUAGCUCCAGUCACCGCUCGUGCCAAAAUCCUCAUCCAGUCGGCAUGGAUGAAGCAGUUGGAUUGGGACGCCCCACUGCCUCAAUCAGAUGAGACGCUGUGGAGACGUCUGCUUGAGGAUCUUCCGCUGUUGGAGCAGCUCCGGCUGCAACGAUGGCUGAAGGCCGAUAACCAACCGAAUCACGUUGAGCUCCACGGGUUCGCUGACGCGUCAGAGCGAGGUUACGCAGCCGUCGUGUACCUCCGCGUGGUGAGCUCCUCCUCGACCACGAUCAGCCUGCUUGCUGCAAAAAGCAAAGUUGCACCCAUUAAGCCCGUGUCUCUACCGCGCUUGGAAUUGUGCGCUGCAGUCUUAGUCACUAACCUGACGUUUCAUCUUUGCGACGCCUUAGACUUAUUUUCAGCUCCAGUUACUCUAUGGUCGGACUCCCGGGUCACUCUUCAGUGGAUACAAGGACACGCCUCGAAGUGGAAAACCUUCGUGGCCAACCGGGUGUCCCACAUCCAGACGAAACUUCCGGAGGCACGCUGGCGACACAUCCCAGGGCGAGACAACACCGCCGACUGCGCCUCUCGGGGGAUUGAGCCCCGGGACCUGCUCAACCACUCCCUCUGGUGGACGGGACCCCCAUGGCUCGACAAGGAUCCAGCGUUCUGGCCACAGCACGACUACGCCACACGCGACGUCGAGGUGCCGGAGACGAGAGCAAUCGCCUCCCACUUGACGACCGCGGAGAAAGCCGAACCGGAGAUGCUCCUCAGGUUCUCCGAGCUCUAUCGCCUCCUGAGGGUCACCGCCUGGUGUUGCCGAUGGCGAGGCAACCCACCAAGCUCGAAGGCUCACCCCAAUCUCACGCCUGACGAGCUAGAAGAAGCCCUGCUCCUCUGGCUCCGUCUGGUGCAAACUCUCCAUUUCUCCAAGGAGAUCGCAGCCCUAAAACAAAACAAAGAGUUAGUUAAGGGUCCAAUAUCGAAAUUAACCCCCUUCCUCGACGAUCAUGGGAUUAUUCGAGUCGGGGGCCGGCUGAAGCACGCCGUGCUCUCAGAAGAUGAACGCCAUCCGAUGAUCUUACCUCCAGAAUCGUGGAUGACGCAACUCCUCGUCAAGGCACACCACAGACGAACGCUUCACGGCGGGGUUCAGCUCAUCCUGGGACUGCUUCGCCUGCGGCCGCAGUACCUCAUGAUGAGCAACUUUCCGACGGCACGAGUCGCACCGGCACGGCCAUUCCUGCGAACCGGUGUUGAUUAUGCCGGGCCGAUUCUCAUCCGGACCGGAAAGGGAAGAGGUCACAAGUCACACAAAGGAUUCAUCGCCGUCUUCAUCUGCUUCGUCACCAAGGCCGUUCACUUGGAGGCCGCUUCGGACUACUCCACGGAUGCAUUCCUCGCUGCGUUCCGGCGCUUCACUUCCCGUCGGGGCUUGUGCAAGGAAGUCUACUCCGACUGCGGCACCAAUUUCGUCGGAGCGGACCGAGAGCUGCGACGCCUGUUCCAGGCAUCAUCAUCCGACGGCCGACGCAUCGCUCACGUUGCAGCAUCCGACGGGAUCCGGUGGAGAUUCAAUCCACCGGCAGUACCUCACUUCGGCGGGCUUUGGGAGGCGGCGGUGAAAUCAACCAAACACCAUCUGCGAAGGGUCCUUGAAGACACGACCCUCACCUUCGAGAAGAUGUCGACGUUCCUCGCUCAAGUGGAGGCGUGCCUCAACUCGCGUCCGCUUCAAGCACUAUCGGACGAUCACGACGACGUAACGGCACUCACACCAGGACACUUCCUGAUCGGGGCCCCUCUGCUGGCAGUGCCUGAGCCCUCGCUGGCGGACGGCAGCCUCAGUCUUCUGCCCCGUUGGAAACUCCUCCAGCGGAUGCGCGACCACUUUUGGGAGAGGUGGUCACGGGAGUACAUCAACUCCUUGGCAUCCCGACCGAAAUGGCUGAAGGACUCAGCCAGUCCUACCGUCGGCGCCCUGUGUCUCGUGCGGUCGGACUCAACGCCGCCGACCCGAUGGUCACUCGCCCGGAUCACCCGGCUGCAUCCUGGGGACGACGGCGUGACACGCGUAGUCACUAUACGCACCGCAUCUUCGGAGCUUGUCCGGCUUCUCACCAAGACCGUCCUCCUGCCUGGAGCCGACACCACAGCACCAACGCACCCGGAUUCGUGA